AAUUUCAGUUUUUCUCAUGUUAGUCAGUGCGGCCACUGCGCAUAAACAUUUCUUUCAUCCAGACUUAGUGCUCUUUUGAACAGAGGCUGACAGUUUAAUCUUGUGGUGUCUGCUAAAGCCAAAUUGUGCUGACUUAUGCCUGUAACUCCUUCCUGCUUUUCAGUAAUGGGGCUGAUGAAAGCUUCCAGCUGAAAGGAGGGUGCUUCUGCCACUGCCAGCUCAGGACAGACACACUUUACUACAACUUGGAAGUUAUGUUGGUAGGAAUUUUGAGAGGACCUCAGGUAUUUCAGGACCUGUAUGUGAGUGCAGAGUGGAGACAAUUUACCUUUGCCCAGAGUUAGUAGUGGGAGGCAGGAAAUGAAGUGCUUGCUCCAGAGCAUUGGGCUGUGGGGUUAACUGAAGUAAAGCUGUGUCCAGAGUAGUGAAGAACACAAAAAUGCUUUAGUUGUUAUUUAGUUCACAGUCCUGUAUGAUCUGUCCCUACUCUUCCCACAUGAUUUUUUUUGGUAGAUAACUUUUUUUGUACUUAGGUGCUUUAGCCCCAAUUCAGCAGCUACCUGCACUUGACCACAUUGAUGAAUUGUACUGUUGACUGAUUGCAUGGAUAUUUGUAGAAGUAUUAGCAAUGCUUUAUAUGGAAAUGACUUUUGUAAAAGCUUAUGAGUCUGAAAUACCUGAAAACUGUUACUGCCAAGUUUAUGAAAUACCAUUAUUUGUUAAGUCUUUUUAUAGACCAAAAAUUACACUUAAAUAUUUACCAGUUCCAACAUGCCACUGUGAAGGUUUUGGUGCCCUUGGAAUCUCUUGGAUUCCAGAGAUUUAUACUGCCAAGCUCCUACAUUGAACUGGUUCCACUUGAGCUUGCCUUCAAGCUUUGAAAAUGUUUAGGUUGCCCUUGAGUCAGGGGGCAGUUACAGUCUUCAGUUCUAAGACUUGCAUAAAUUCCUUACUGUUUAUGGACAAGGAGGUGUAAUACUGGGUGAACCUCCAAUAACUCUUCUCAUACAUGUUUGCAUUAAAUUUUGAGGCUCACUUUUCUGUGAUGACUGAAAAGCUACUGCAUGCUUUCCCAGUUUGCAGCUUGGGAGAAGCAGAGGUAUUACAUAAUCCAGUUUCAACGUGACUGCACUACCUUUCAACACAGAUUUGAACUCUGCCCAGAGGUGCCACUUGGUUGAAGCAUAAAUGAUCUGUUGUUGUGCAAUGGAAGCAUAUCACCUUUCUGCAAUCAAAAUAUGAUUGCAUGUUGAUCCACGUGAAACUUGAUGGCUUGCCAGUUGUCUAGGAUGCAAAACCUUCUUAAACUCCUGACUGAGGUGAAGCAAGCAGCCAACAAUGGCUCACUCAAAGGCUCUCUUAGUGCUGGAAAACUUCGUAGGUGGCAAAUUUGUUCCUUGUUCCUCCUACAUAGACUCCUAUAAUCCAUCCACUGGAGAUGUCUAUUGCAGGGUUCCAGACAGUGGCAAAGAAGAGGUGGAAGCUGCUGUCAAAGCUGCCAAAGAUGCCUUCCCAAUUUGGUCCUCAAAAAGUCCAUUGGAAAGAUCUCAGAUCCUGAACAAAUUGGCAGACCUGAUUGAACAUGACCUGGAAGCGUUUGCACAAGCAGAGUCAAAGGAUCAGGGAAAAACGAUUACAUUUGCCAGAACAGUGGACAUCCCUCGGGCUGUGCACAACUUCCGAUUCUUUGCCUCUUCCAUCCUUCAUCACGUCACAGAGUGCACCGAAAUGCCAACCAUGGGCUGUGUGCACUACACCUCGAGGGCACCUGUGGGAGUUGCUGGUUUAAUCAGUCCUUGGAAUUUGCCACUGUAUUUGUUGACUUGGAAAAUAGCUCCUGCCAUUGCAUGUGGAAAUACUGUGGUUGCCAAGCCAAGUGAGAUGACAUCUGUCACAGCCUGGAUGAUGUGCAAACUCUUGGAGAAAGCAGGGGUGCCUCCUGGGGUGGUGAACAUCGUGUUUGGAACAGGGGCCAAGGCAGGAGAAGCCCUGGUGUGCCACCCCGACGUGCCUCUGAUCUCCUUCACGGGCAGCACGCUGACGGCCCAGCGGAUCACGGAGAGAAGCGCUCCACACUGCAAGCGGCUCUCGCUGGAGCUGGGGGGCAAAAACCCCGCCAUCAUCUUCGAUGAUGCUGACUUGAGCCAGUGCAUCCCCACCACAGUGAGGUCCAGCUUUGCCAACCAGGGUGAGAUCUGUCUCUGCACUUCCAGGAUCUUUGUUCAGAGGGGAAUAUACAGUGAGUUUUUGAAGAGGUUUGUGGCAGAGGCCAAGAAGUGGAAGACUGGGAAUCCCUCAGAUCCUACAAUUGAUGUGGGAGCACUAAUAAGUAAAGAGCAUCUAGAAAAGGUAAGGACCUACGUGAAGAAAGCCCAGGCUGAAGGAGCCAGAGUCCUCUGCGGAGAGGGAGUAGAUCCUUUGGCCCUCCCACCUGGCAACCAGAAAGGCUAUUUCAUGUUGCCCACAGUUAUUGCUGAAGUCAAGGAUGAAUCUUGUUGCAUGCAAGAAGAGAUCUUUGGUCCUGUGACAUGUGUGGUAGCAUUUGAUACAGAAGAGGAGGUGAUCAGAAGAGCCAAUGGUGUGAAAUACGGCUUGGCAGCCACAGUGUGGUCCAGCAAUGUGGGACGUGUUCACAGGGUGGCACACAGGCUGCAGGCUGGAUUGGUGUGGACCAACUGCUGGCUUGUGAGAGAUCUGAACUUGCCAUUUGGUGGGAUGAAAGCCUCAGGCAUAGGCAGGGAGGGAGCAAAGGAUUCCUACGAGUUCUUCACUGAGGUCAAAACCAUCACGAUAAAGCACUGACAUAUGUUAACAGAAGUAUUUUAGAGUGAAAUAAAUGACAGCAAUUUGAAUUAUCAAAAAUGGCUCCUUAGAAUACAGGCUGCUAUUGUGGUCAUUCCUUUCUUGAACUUUGGUCAAGUAGCAUCAAUGACCGCUGAAAACGAUCAUCCCAAAUGCUAAUGUUAAAGUCAGUUUUUCGUGUUGGAUGAGAAGUCAGUUUCUUGUGUUGUGAUGAACAAUCAACCCAUCCCAAGCCAGAUGACUUCCCUGUCUUACAGAUCCUAAAUCUUUUUGAUAUUUUUGAUAAUCCUGCCUCAAAAAUCUGUCCCUUUAAGGCAAAUUGGAAAAAGAGUAUAUGACAGUAUCUCUGGUUUGUGAAUUACCUUGAGGGACAAAGUAGCAAGCACAUGGUGAGACUGAUAUUGUAAAGCAGAAUCAACUCAUUUGCACUCUAAACAGUGUGGUCCACGCAUCCACACAUAUUGCACUUCGCUGAUAUCAGACAAGGAUUGAUACUACACUACGCUGAGAGCCUAAGGAACUACCUUUAACCAAGUAGCUUUAAACCGUGGGGUCAUAACAUUUUCUUGAUAUUCAUGGAGACAAUAAAUGUUUUAAUUAUAACCUUCUUUAUGGUAGGGAGCUGAAUCAUCCUAAUACCUGCUCUCUGACUAUUUUGAAAUUAAAGCCUUUUGCCACUUCAGGACCUCAGUGAUGGUGGUUUUUACAUCCCUGCACAGAAAUAUUGGCUGCAUCACAAACAGCGUCACUCUUCAUUAAGAGAACCCAGAAUUUACUCCUGAGAGAAUGAACUGUUGGACAUGUUUCUCACCAAAAUAUAAAACUACUUCCAACUCUUCCUCAUUUGUUUGCAGAGAUUUUUUUAAUCAGGUAACUCACAAACUUAUUUGCUUUCAACAAAAAGAGAAACAGAGUUGGAUACACCUCCACAUCUCUGGAUGCCACCUGUUUGGAGGGCAGACCUAGCAGCCAGGAUGGAACUGUGGGCAUUUGAUGGAUUUGGUACAAGAAACUCCAGUUGAAGGCAUGUUAAGGAAAUAUGUAAAAAUGAUAGGCUUAGUGAAUUGAUGCAUUCUGAGGAAGCAUUUUAUUUUAAAAAUGCUGAAGUCUAUUCAUGACCAUGUGGUGGCAGCAGAACACCUGCUUUGGUAUGUUUAAUCCCCAGUCACUCAGCUGGGAGGGGAAUAAACAGCUAUAUCAGUG